GAAAAUGCCACGGACCAAACGCUGCAUUAAAUUUAUAAACUAUGACAUUCUUCACCGAAACGAUACCGUCUUGGAGGGCUUGGCUCGAGACGGCGGCGUUUUGAGCUGUCGAAAUGUGCGACUCUCCUCUUCCCCAGUCACUUGUCUGAGCUUUCUCUCUCCCGGUUCUCUCUCUGCGGCGGUUCCCGUCUUCCUUGGAACGUCAGCGUUUCAUUGCUCCCUGAAAAAGCUUUUGGAUUUUAGAUAUGUACCAAAGGGGUUGAGGAUAGAUUUGGACAAAUUCGCAAGACAUGCACGGGUGAUGGUAUGGAGUUCAUGGUCUGUAGAAUGGGUGCAAUCAUGUUACAACCAACUUUACCAAUAAUGGAAAAUGAAAGAUCAGAUAGACCAUGUGUCACCCUCAAAACUUGUGGAUUCCUGAUUGGGAACAAUGAACCAAAUUUCAGUGCCCAAAUAUUAAAGGUUGGCAGUAUGGUUGCAUCUUUACCCAGAAAGAGUUUCCAGACUCGACAACGUGGGUGGAAAAUAAGAUUUGCUUUGGACACAAGUGGACUUCCUGAUGAUGGUGGGCAAGAGAGUCCCAGUGGCAACAGCCUCCUAGGUCUUGGCCAAACUCGACUGGGCAGACUAGUGAGUUCAGGGGCCAGGCAGCUCUUGGGGAAGCUGAAUUCAGCUGGAAAGAACUUCCCCACAAAGAUAUUUCUCGUUUUGCUGGGCUUUUAUACAGCAAAUGCACUGGCUACUAUUCUUGGGCAGACAGGUGACUGGGAUGUGCUGGUUGCAGGUGUUGUGGUUGCUGCCAUCGAAGGGAUUGGUAUGCUCAUGUACAGAAAGCCCCCCCCUGUACCCACUAGGAGGCUGCAGUCUUUUGUGGGGAUGGUCAAUUAUUGGAAAGCUGGUGUUUGCUUAGGCCUCUUUGUUGAUGCUUUCAAGUUAGGGAGUUGAAAUUAUCCCUAUUUUUUUUUUUUGGUAUUUUAUUUUCAGGUCUUGUUUUCACAUGCUAAAUGUUCUUCGGAAGAAGAAAAGAGGCAUGGGGAGGAGCGGGGAGUGGCCAUUCUUUUUGUGCACUAAAAUUUUCACAUCAUGUUGCGGUUCAAUUAUAUCAAGCCUGAUGGCCAUUCUUUUA